CGGCAGCGCGAUGGUUCCCGACGCUGAAGGAUUUUGCAUCUGAUCGCAUCGCACGGCGUUUCAAAGAAGCAGCGAUCGGAGAUGGAUGUCUCUCUCUGCCCGGCCAAGUGUAGUUUCUGGCGGAUUUUCUUGCUGGGAAGCGUCUGGCUGGACUAUGUGGGCUCCGUGCUGGCUUGCCCUGCGAAUUGCGUCUGCAGCAAGACCGAGAUCAGCUGCCGGCGGCCGGACGACGGGAACCUCUUCCCGCUGCUGGAAGGGCAGGAUGCGGGCAACGGCACGGGGAACGCCGGCCUCAACAUCACUGACAUCUCGAGGAACAUCACUUCCAUACACAUAGAGAACUGGCGCGGCCUGCACACGCUCAACGCCGUGGACAUGGAGCUCUACACCGGCCUGCAGAAGCUGACCAUCAAGAACUCAGGACUUCGGAGCAUCCAGCCCAGAGCCUUCGCCAAGAACCCCCACUUGCGCUACAUAAACCUGUCGAGUAACCGGCUCACCACACUCUCGUGGCAGCUCUUCCAGACGCUGAGUCUUCGGGAAUUGAGACUGGAGCAGAACUUCUUCAACUGCAGCUGUGACAUCCGCUGGAUGCAGCUGUGGCAAGAGCAGGGGGAGGCCAAGCUGAACAGCCAGAGCCUCUACUGCAUCAGCGCCGAGGGCUCCCAGCUGCCCCUCUUCCGCAUGAACAUCAGCCAGUGCGACCUUCCUGAGAUCAGUGUGAGUCACGUCAACCUGACCGUGCGCGAGGGGGACAAUGCCGUGGUCACUUGCAAUGGCUCUGGGUCACCCCUGCCUGACGUGGACUGGAUAGUCACUGGCCUGCAGUCCAUCAACACCCACCAGACCAAUCUGAACUGGACCAACGUGCACGCCAUCAACCUGACGCUCGUCAACGUGACGAGCGAGGACAACGGCUUCACCCUGACGUGCAUUGCAGAGAACGUGGUGGGCAUGAGCAACGCCAGCGUCGCCCUCACUGUGCACUACCCCCCACGCGUGGUGAGCCUGGAGGAGCCCGAGCCGCGCCUGGAGCACUGCAUCGAGUUCGUGGUGCGCGGCAACCCGCCGCCUACGCUGCGCUGGCUGCACAAUGGGCAGCCCCUGCGGGAGUCCAGGAUCAUCCGCGUGGAGCACUACCAGGAGGGCGAGGUCUCCGAGGGCUGCCUGCUGUUCAACAAGCCCACCCACUACAACAACGGCAACUACACCCUCAUCGCCCAGAACCCGCUGGGCACUGCCAGCCAGACCAUCAACGGCCACUUCCUCAAGGAGCCCUUUCCUGAGAGCACGGACAACUUCGUCUCUAUCUAUGAAGUGAGCCCCACACCGCCUAUCACUGUGACCCACAAACCAGAGGAAGACACCUUCGGGGUGUCCAUCGCCGUCGGGCUCGCCGCCUUCGCCUGCGUCCUGCUGGUGGUUCUCUUCAUCAUGAUCAACAAGUACGGUCGACGGUCCAAGUUCGGGAUGAAGGGUCCUGUGGCUGUCAUCAGCGGUGAAGAGGACUCAGCCAGCCCGCUGCACCACAUCAACCACGGCAUCACCACGCCCUCGUCGCUGGACGCCGGGCCCGACACCGUGGUCAUCGGCAUGACGCGCAUCCCGGUCAUCGAGAACCCCCAGUACUUCCGCCAGGGACACAACUGCCACAACCCAGACACGUAUGUGCAGCACAUUAAGAGGCGGGACAUCGUGUUGAAGCGGGAGCUGGGCGAGGGAGCCUUUGGAAAGGUCUUCCUGGCCGAGUGCUACAACCUCAGCCCCACCAAGGACAAGAUGCUGGUGGCUGUGAAGGCCUUGAAGGACCCCACCCUGGCUGCCCGGAAGGAUUUCCAGAGGGAGGCGGAGCUGCUCACCAACCUGCAGCACGAGCACAUUGUCAAGUUCUACGGCGUGUGUGGCGAUGGGGACCCCCUCAUCAUGGUCUUCGAAUACAUGAAGCACGGGGACCUGAACAAGUUCCUCAGGGCCCAUGGGCCAGACGCGAUGAUCCUCGUGGACGGGCAGCCACGCCAGGCGAAGGGCGAGCUGGGGCUCUCCCAGAUGCUGCACAUCGCCAGUCAGAUCGCCUCGGGCAUGGUCUACCUGGCCUCCCAGCACUUCGUGCACCGGGACCUGGCCACCAGGAACUGCCUGGUCGGAGCCAACCUGCUGGUGAAGAUCGGAGACUUCGGCAUGUCCAGGGACGUCUACAGCACGGAUUACUACAGGCUCUUUAAUCCAUCUGGAAAUGAUUUUUGUAUAUGGUGUGAGGUUGGAGGACACACCAUGCUCCCCAUCCGCUGGAUGCCCCCUGAAAGCAUCAUGUACCGGAAGUUCACCACGGAGAGCGACGUGUGGAGCUUUGGGGUGAUCCUCUGGGAGAUCUUCACCUAUGGGAAGCAGCCCUGGUUCCAGCUGUCCAACACAGAGGUCAUUGAGUGCAUCACCCAAGGCCGUGUUUUGGAGCGGCCCCGCGUCUGCCCCAAAGAGGUGUACGACGUCAUGCUUGGGUGCUGGCAGAGGGAACCGCAGCAGCGGCUAAGCAUCAAGGAGAUCUACAAAACCCUCCACGCAUUGGGGAAAGCCACCCCCAUCUACCUGGACAUCCUUGGCUAGUGCUGGCCGGUGGUCACGCGUCCGUCCUCUGCCGCCUCUCUCCCAGCCUCACACGCCCCCCUUCUGCCUCACCACCCCUUCCCUCCACCUCUGACUGAAGCGAACAUCUUCAUAUAAACUCAAGUGCCUGCUACAUAUACAACACUGAAAAAAAAAAGAAAGAAAAAAAAAAACGCUGUAAGGCAGUUUGGCAUAUAUAUAUAUUUAUAUAUCUAACUAUCUAUCUAUAUCUACAGAGAUACCUUGUCUAAUGCAGACAGACAGAAGCUGCUGAUGUGGAAACCACAAGAUUGUACCGACGACUCAGAGAUUCUUAAAUAUUGUGAACACGAGGGACAAUUCCCUUUGACUUAAGCUGCAGCCCAUACUAUGUCGCUGCAGCUUUUCGGAGCAGAAGGCCGUGGGAUGCAGAGGGACAGUCUCAUGGUGGGGCAGGCGGAGCCGCAGUGCGUCUGGAGGUGCCCCUGGGCCCCGCACAGGUGUGUGGUCCGGCAGCACUGGCCGUGCUCAGUCAGAAAGUAACCCUGGACCGGGCGCCUUGAGUUGCACCCCCCACCCCGGCCAUUGUCUCCACGCCUUCCCUCUUCAGGAGGAACCCAUCCACUUCAAGACCAUUUUGAAAUUCGCCCGUUCCGGGGAGCGCAGUCCUGACCCGAUGCUUUGGGGAGUCAGCGGCGGUGCCUACAGGUAAACGCUGGAAAAGAGCAGCAAUGAAACAGAAUCCUGCAGGUGGGGGAUGCACCCGUCUUGGAUGUCAGCUGCGCCCCAGCCAAGCCCCAGUCCCUUGCCAGCCCUGAAAGGCAUCUGUGACUGGUCUCAGAGCGUCAGGACCUGGGCUUCCUGAACGGCAAGGUCCACAGAGAACAAGCUGCAGCCUCUACCCAUCCAGGCGCCAUCCCCGUCUUUCCAUCACUGGCAGGGCUCCUUGGCCUCACCACCCACUCAGGCCUUUGGGCAGCUGGGGUGCAGGGAAUGUCUGCCCUGUAGUCUGUACCCGUGGACACAGAAGGUCUCAACAGCAGGACACUUAGUCCUCCUGGGUCCUCAUAAGAGAUGCUCCCCAGGUCCUCUGCUUCUCAUUCUGCUUCCCUGAGGCCCUAUCUGCACUUGCUGGCUUCCGGAGUCCCUGAGAGCCACUGCGGGAGGGGCAGGUCUCGGGAGGCUGGCUCCAGGGAGCCAGGCAGCAGAAGAAGCCUCUGGCGCCUGCAGCCGGCCCCUUGGCAUUCCUCUCACGUUUCCAGUUCACGGAGGGACUGAUGCAUCUGCCUUCGAGCUGCUGUAGAAGUGUGGGGCUGAGGAAUCAUUCUUGGGGGUGGGGCAGGGUGGAGAAGGGACUAAGGCUUCUCUGGGAGAUGUCCAACUCCUGGCCACUGCCGCAGGUCCGGCAUCUUAAUGAACCUGAGCCCUGACCUGGGGGGAGGGAGUGGGACGUGUACUGUGGCACCGGGUCCCUCUGCCCUCCCAGCUGCUGCUGCCAAGGACUGAGUGCGCCAUCUCUGGCCUCCUGCCAUGCGCCACAUGCAGGGCAAAAUGCCUGCAAAGCCAGCGGCCUGGCCCCACGGAGCCUCCAGCUGCGGAGGCCAGGACACUCCCCUCCCAGGCCACCAGCCCCACCAGCCCCACCUGCCACUGCACACCAAGCACAGAAAGACCUGAGGGACUGGUCCUGGCCCAUGGGAGCCUCAUGGGGGCUAUGCUCUGACCUGCACUCUCCCGGCCAGUUUAAGGGACUGUCGUCAUCCUGGACGUCCUGGUCACCUGCAGCAUGGGCCUCUUCGUGUGGGGCUCGGGACUAAACUUUGUGUUUGUGGUUUUGC